AUGGCCGAAUUUGGAGUUAUAAUCCGGUUGGCCAUUUGCGCCGUAUGGCUGUGUUGGACUAUAAGUGUCGACGCACUGCAUUGCGAUUUCGGAGGUCCACAUGGCUUGCACAGCGGUAAUGCCCUGGUGCGCUGCAAUAUGGAUAUAGGCUUGCUGGGCUCCGCAACCGUGAUAUGCCCUCGCCUAGUCAGCGACACCGAGUACGUAUGGCAUCCACAACCAAAGUCGGAUCUUCAUGAGCAUAUCAACACGUAUGUGAGUGAUAAUGGGAAGCUUAGUUCCGUUGAUAUUUCGGACGUCGUGCGUACUGAAUCCGGUAACCCGUUCAUCUGGUUCGAGUCCAAUCAGUCAAGAACGGAACUGCAUCUGGAGUUUUCAACGGAUGACAUAUACGCCAUCACUGAGAACCGUUUGGUAUUCAUAUGCGGACCCACAGAUUUGUUUGUGUCUGAUAUAUUGCAGCGCCACCUGGACCGACUCAAGGGUGGCAUUCAAAUGCAAUCGUUUCCUUGGACUUCGCCCACAGCAUUGACCCGCGAAAUUGCGAAAAUGGGGACUGGCUUGGGUGUAUUUUUCUUGUACAGAGGGCGACUGCAUUUGCCACUUCAAGGCUGUGGGAGCCGGCCAUCACCACUGUUCUCUCCCAAUAAUGAAGUAACUGUGGACCCCAUCACAGGCACUCGUUCGUGUGUGGCAGAUCCCAUGUCGGAAUCACCCAUCGGAUUUGUUUGCGAAGGCCGCCUUGAACCUGAGGAUUGUAUGAGGUCCCUCAUUGACGAGAGUGGAGAAGUUGUGGCUGCCCCCGAAUCACACCCGUAUUGGAGUUUUGUUGACCAUCGGCCUUGGGUGAUAGCGAAAUAUUUUAAUGACUUCGCACUACGGCCCUUCCAUGGCGAGUGCAGGUGCAUGGAUUCCGAAACAGGCCAGGUGAAGGCGAAGAUAGAGAUCCGUUCGAAAAGUGAGUAUGUCUGUGACAUUACCAGCAUGAUAUUUCGCAAUCGCGUGCGCCCUAUACAUGACCAUUGGUGUUCGGUGGUUCUUCAUCCAGGCACCACCUUGACCAUAAGGUUCCCAGUGGUGGGUGUCGAUUCAGAGUAUCUAGACCAGGAUGACCCCCGUAGUCCAGCCCUGGCGAAUCCUCCUAGCUAUUUGUUCGACACUGAAUUUCGGCCCAAGAAUGUGAUGAUGCUGAGACAGGUAACGCGAAUUUAUGAUGAUGUCUACGGCGAAGUAAUGUACCAUGAUACCAUUGCUGGUGAUGCGCUAGAAUGGGAUGUUACCCAAAUAUCCCGAGGAGAGGCGAAGCUGAGGUACAAUGCGAACAAACCUCUCGCAUUGCGAAGAGGAUACAACUCGUUCUUUUAUCAUUGGACAUUGAAAGCCAUUAACAAUUAUGCGUUUGAUGAGAUUCUUGCCGUUGUCAACGUUGCCUUCGCUUUUACGCACCAGUACUACAUCGUUGGUUGUGACCGAGGGGCACAAAGUCUCUUUUAUCCAGAAAUGAGCAGGCGGUAUUGUUCGGUUGUGUCCAUGGGGAAUGGUAUAGGGGAUGUAUACGAAUGCGCGUUCUAUGUUACAAUGGACGAUUGGCAGGCUGGUAUCCACUGCGGAUCGGAUGAAGAGCUGUUACCGGCUAAUUGUGACUCAGCAGGAUACGAUCUCUACGACGACCAUAUUAAACCAUUUCCUGACUCUGUGCGAAGUAGUACGUCCCAAGCCAUUCCAGGAUUCCAGAUAUUCGAUUUCGAAUUUAGAUACGGUGCCCCUAUUGCCUAUUCUUGUAUUUGCGUAGACAAACGUGGAUAUGAAAAGUCGAAGCUCGUUCUAGAGUCGUACGGUGAAGAAACUCGUUUGUACACAGUGUGUCGUCAAGAGGUGUCCCACACGCCAUGUCCCGACGUAGUGUUGCCGGGGUAUGAGAUCGGAGUAUUAGGUGAAUGGCCCACAUUACCGAGAUCGAUUUUCCUCCACAACGUAUAUCAAAAUUCAGUUACAUUGUAUGUGGGCACGACGCUGUCAAUGACUUGUGCCCUUGAUCCCGACGUUCAGAACGUUACAGGUGGUGGAGUAAUACGAACGACAUGGCUUCCAAAGCAGCCCAGUGAAUUCCAUUAUACUUUAAUCCAUACAUCAGACGGGCCUAAUCUUAUUAGGAGAUCACACAAAGAUGCCAUUAUUAGUACGCCGCAUGGUUUUCGAGUUGUGAACAACAUGUACUUAGCAGAAUACAAACAUUUGAUAAUAGAAUCUCGUAGAGGUGCCAUAUUAAUAUCUAAGGAUCCAGCUCACAAGCACCUCCUGCCGAUUACGUUUUUGUGCGGUAAGGUCCCCGACCAAUCGGAUCUGUCCGUCAUCACUGACAACGCAUCCGCCUCAACCACCUCUGCACAACCCAGCCCCAACGUCAUGGAAUUGUCAAUGGGAUACACGUGGGACCUAGUUCAAGUUAACGUCGAGACCACUGACCCUUACAUGCAAGGCUGCGGCGUUACGUACGCAUCCACUGAGUUGUUCAAGCCGGAGACGCCCCAACUCUACGACGCUGACGGGCAACCUCAGUUCGGCUGUAAGAUAGACCUUCAUGCUGCCAAAGAAGCGGCGUUCUACUGCCCAGCACCGUACCUCCUGGACCCACCCAACUGCUUCAGCCAGGUCGCGGUUGAAGGUACCGUCAAGAACACGCGCGAUCUCAGCAAGUCAUUGGUGUCCUCUCGGUCCAACCACUUUGUCAUCGUGAGCUUCGAUAGUUCUCUUGUAGGACCCGAGGAAACGCUGCACCAGACGCCGCCAUUGCAAUGCCGCUGCGUCACCGUCAAGGGUAUAGUUCUCUCCGCCAUACAGAUAGAGAACUACUACUCCGAGUGA